AUGGUGGAAAGCUGCCAGGGGGAAGUGGCGGAGUUAUCCAAGGCGAUGCUGACAAACAACCCGAACGAUGAGCGGUAUAUUGUGGAGGGCGCACGGUAUGUGCAAACCCCGCCCAAUCUCACUUUUUCACUCCCACAGUCGCAAGAACAAGAACAACAACAUCAACAAGAGCAGCAGAUGCCCACAAAUGGCCCACAGGACCCAUCAUCGCACCCUCAGCCACCGCUGCAAAACGCAAAUGCAGUCAUUCUGCUUGGAAAAAAACCCGAUGACGAAUUGGUGCUGAUAGAGGACAUGCAGAAUAUCGCCACGCCCCUCGAGGUUGGCAACAGAAACAGCAGCAGGGAUAGACCGGUAGGUUGGGUCCUCCGGAAUGCACCACACGACGAAGUGGUUCCCGUGUCCACCCAUGGAAGUUCUAUCGGCACACCCAUUGAUGGAUGUACUACAUCCGGCUAUGUAUAG